AUAAGAGUUGACGUCCGUCCGAGCGAGAGGAUUUUUGAAAUAGAUGUGACAUUCCAUUCUUGAUUCUUUCUUCGCCUUCCAACCCAACCCAGCCUUGGAAGUCUUUUGAGAUUCUAUCGGAACCCCAGACCAAGUCUCCUUGGAUACCGUCUGAAUAAAUACUCUACCCGCCAGUCCUCUUCACCGACAAUCUACUCAUCUUUCAAUAUCCUCUCUAAUUAUUUGAGAAACAGUCUUCACAAUGGUAUUUGCCCGCGUUGCUUCACGCUCCCUGCGUUCCUCCACCUUUUCUCCUCUGGCUUCCACUUCCCCGCACUCCACUUUCGCCAGACGCGCUGCACAACCAUCGUUUCUUCCUACUCUAGCCAAACGCACACUAACAGCAUCUGCUUCUCGUCAGGGCAAAGUUCUUCUCGUCCUAUACGAUGGUGGUGAGCACGCCAAAGACCAACCCCGUCUGCUCGGAACCACCGAGAACGAGCUAGGUAUCAGAAAAUGGUUGGAAGAUCAGGGCCACACCUUGGUCACCACCUCAGACAAGGAGGGAGAGAACUCCAAGUUCGACCAAGAAUUGGUUGACGCCGAAGUCAUCAUCACCACUCCUUUCCACCCUGGCUACCUGACUGCCGAGCGUCUCGCCAAAGCAAAGAAGCUCAAGAUCGCCGUCACUGCCGGUAUUGGCUCCGACCAUGUUGAUCUCAACGCUGCCAACAAGACCAAUGGAGGUAUCACUGUCGCCGAAGUCACCGGCAGCAAUGUCGUCUCCGUCGCCGAACACGUCGUCAUGACCAUCCUCACUCUCGUCCGCAACUUUGUCCCUGCUCACGAACAGAUCGAGCGAGGAGACUGGAACGUUGCCGCCGUUGCCAAGAACGAAUAUGAUUUGGAAAACAAGGUCGUCGGCACCGUUGCCGUUGGCCGUAUUGGAGAGCGUGUUCUCCGACGUCUCAAGCCCUUCGACUGCAAGGAGCUCCUCUACUUUGACUACCAGCCCCUCAAGCCCGAGGUUGAGAAGGAGAUUGGCUGCCGAAGAGUCGAGGACUUUGACGAGUUCCUUGCUCAGUGCGAUGUUGUCACCAUCAACUGCCCUCUCCACGAGAAGACCCGAGGUCUGUUCAACAAGGAGACCAUUAACAAGAUGAAGAAGGGUGCCUGGCUCGUUAACACUGCCCGUGGUGCCAUCGUCGUCAAGGAGGAUGUCGCCGAGGCUCUCCGCACCGGUCAGCUCAACGGCUACGGCGGUGACGUGUGGUUCCCUCAACCCGCUCCCGGCGACCACCCUCUGCGAACUGCCAAGAACCCCUGGGGAGGCGGAAACGCCAUGGUUCCUCACAUGUCGGGCACAUCGAUCGAUGCUCAGGAACGGUACGCCGCAGGUACCAAGGCCAUCUUGGAGAGCUACUUCUCCGGCCGAGAAGACUACCGCCCCGAGGAUCUCAUCGUCCACAAGGGUGACUAUGCCACUAAGGCAUAUGGCCAGAGAGAAAAGAAAUAAAUGCGGUAUGAUUGACAUGUUUUAUCUGGACUUGAUCGGUCUCGGUUAGGUCAGCAGAGGUGCGAAGCGAAUAAUAUGCUUGCAGCGUUGUGAGCCAUGUUUCAAAUGCUACCAAGUGCUAUGACUUUGACUUUGGAAAAAAUUAUCAUGUUGUAAAGUCUAUGCAAAAUUCAAAAAGCUAUCGGACCAUCCCCGGUCGAUGCGUGGUUCAAUGUCUG